AUGCCAAUCGAAAUGAUUGAGUAUAAUUUGGUGAGUCAAGAUUCGCGUGAAUGCGAUUCAAGUAAAAAUAUCUGCAAGAGAAAAAGUUAUCAUGUUCGGAACGUUAAAAAUAUUAUGUAUUUUAUUAAAAGUGUUAAUGCUAACGAGAACGGCCCUCGCGGUAUCUUUAGAGAAUGAAGAUAUUUAUACAGUACAGCAGAAUAUAUCAUCUUUCGAGUUCUACACAAUUAAUAAUUACCUGUUACGAGUCAAGAAGUAUAUAUGCAGGAAUAUUUUAACAACGUGACUGAAAAAAAUGUAGUUGUUCUCAAGGAAGAUAGCACACUAUAUCCAGGAAGCAUCCCAAAUGAAUCAUUUCCUCUUCGGACAUUCGUAGAAUUCAAUAAUAGGCUAACUAAGAAAAACAUUUGUGUGACACUAAGAUAUAUGUAUUGGUCACUGUUUGGCUCGUCAGAAGUAAUGCGAUCGGAUUUAGAUGGAAAAAACAUGAAAACUCUUAGAGAAGACAAUAAAUGCUUUCGUAACGAACUAUAUCUAGGGUCCUACAUCACCUUACAGACUGAUACAACAAAUAUUGAGCCGCUAUUAUAUUGGAGUGGUGUCAGUGACUUUGUCAUAACAGAUAUUGAUGGUUGUAAAUAUUACAAGAUUUCAAACUUUAAAAAUAUAAACAAUUACAGAUAUUUAACGUUUGACAAGACAAACAUUUACUUGUACGAUACAAACGAAAACGUAAUUUACAUUUUUAAAAAAAUAUAUCCUCUUUUCGAAAACAAAGAACAUAAAUUGGAAUAUGUACGUAGAAUACGUUACCGAGAAAAUGUUGCUUAUCUCAAUAAAUUUAUAUCACUUGAUAAAACUUUACAAACAUAUCCCCAAACAAAAUGUUUGAUACCUAGCAUGACAAAUUAUCGUAUUGAAGUAUUGAAUAAAACCAUACACAGUAUCAAUAUAAGCCUUCCAGAUCCGAUUCUCAAUGACGGAUGCGAAAAGUACAACUUAUCAACUACUAUAUAUACCAUCUCUAGGAGUUAUUUAACAUGUUUGGACAAUGGCAGUAACAAGUUCGAGCAAUUCGAUGUGACAUACGAACGGCAUUACGAAUUCAAGAACUUAAUGCCGUUCACAGAAUAUACGCUGAAGCUAGCACUGAGCAAUUUUUACGUCCGCAAGUUAUCAAUGGACUUGCAAUUCGGCUCGAAUGUGAAAGUGAUAACUACCGGAAAGCUCGACAUGCCAGAAGAUGUGACGGUUCAAGUUUUAACGCCAACGUUAGCGAUAGUUUAUUGGAUGCCAUCCAAGAAAUUAAACUGCGUGACAGUGACCUACGAGGUGCAUUGGAUGGAAUUUUCAAAUAAAACGCAAGAAAUAAUACAAAAUCUUCCAUCACAAAACUUAUCGAUACGCUCGAACGUACAACAGAUGGAAAGCUUUUCACGACAAUCGGGUUCGGAAAUAAUGCCUGUCGCCAUUAAGAUGCUACGAAAAAAUGCUACCUGGCAAAAGAAACAAGAAUUCUUGGAAGAGGCUAAAAUUAUGAAAGAAUUUGACCACAAACAUGUGCUAAGAUUGUUGGGCAUCUGUAUUACCGAGGAUCAACCAUGGCUGAUAUUGGAAUUAAUGGAAGUUGGUGACUUACUGAAAUAUUUGAGAGAGACUCGAACAUUGCAUCCGGAAGAUCCGCACGCCCUGCGUCUACAAGAUUUGCUUGCUAUGUGCGAAGAUGUUGCUCGAGGUUGUCGCUAUUUAGAAGAACAGCACUAUGUGCAUAGAGAUCUCGCUUGUCGAAAUUGCUUAAUAUCCUCGAGAAAUCGUGAAAACCGUGUUGUGAAAAUCAGCGACUUCGGACUAGCUAAAGAUGUUUACAUCAAAGACUAUUAUCGUACGGGAGGAGAAGGCCUGCUUCCUUUUCGUUGGAUGGCACCGGAAUCUUUGAUAGACCGAAUAUUUACUUCACAAAGCGAUGUUUGGUCAUUCGGGGUACUAAUGUGGGAAAUUACAUCGUUGGGACAACAUCCCUAUGCUGCCUUAUAUAGUUUUAAUGAAGUAAAGGAGUAUGUGUGUGCAGGGAAAAAGUUAUCCAAAUCCUAUCACUGUCCAGAGAAAUUAUACGAUUUGAUGCUAAAUUGCUGGAAUGCGGCAAAUGAUAGACCAAAUUUCAUGAGUUGUCUCGAAACUAUUGUAACCUUAAGAAACGAAAUAGAAGACACAAUCCUGCAUUCAUCUCCGCCUUCUGAAUAUCGUCCGACAGCGGAUUUUCUCUGAAGCACAGCCAAUCGUAUUUGUAUUUUUGAACUUUUAACUGCGAAUCAUGCUUCAAACAAUAUCAUAUAGACAUAAUUAGUUUUUUGUAUGAACAAUUUUUGAGAUCUUUGAUCGUCGUUAAUAACACUGUUCAGUAAAAAAACACCGUUACGAGACUAGAUAUUUCUUAUAGUAUUUUUGACGCUGAACACAAAUCUGUCUAAAAAAUUGCUCCAUCACGGCACAAUUUAAAAAAAUUGCAAUUGUAAGAAAGUGCUAUUUUUUCGAAUUUUGUCAUAUUAUAACUACAAUAUAUGUGACGUACUAAAGAAGUUUUCUUGCCAUUAUACAAAGUAUGUUGACAA